AUGACCAAUUCAUUCAAAGUUAAACUUGGUCAAGGUGGUUUUGGUACAGUAUACGAAGGAAAACUACAAACAGGUAGCCCUGUGGCCGUAAAGUUACUGAAAGCAUCCAAAAGAAAUGGUGAAGAGUUCAUCAAUGAGGUUGCCAGCAUCAGUAGAACAUCUCAUGUUAAUAUAGUCACACUUGUUGGAUUUUGUUUGGAAGGCUCAAAAAAGGCUCUCAUCUAUGAGUUUAUGGCUAAUGGUUCUUUGGAUAAGUUCAUCUACAACAGAGGGCCAGAAAAUAUUGUAUCUUUGACCUGGGAGAAUUUAUAUCAAAUUGCCAUAGGAAUAGCUAGAGGGUUGGAGUACUUGCACAGAGGCUGCAACACUAAAAUUUUACAUUUUGACAUAAAGCCACAUAAUAUUCUUUUGGACGAGAAAUUUUGUCCUAAAAUAUCAGAUUUUGGACUAGCAAAGCUGUGUCCCAGGAAUGAAAGCAUUAUUUCUAUGUCUGAUAAAAGAGGAACAAUGGGGUAUUAUGCUCCUGAAAUGGUCAAUAGACAUUUUGGUGGAGUUUCACAAAAGUCUGAUGUGUACAGUUAUGGAAUGAUGCUACUGGAAAUGGUAGGAGGAAGGAAGAACAUUAAUCCUGAAGCUAGUCAUACGAGUGAGAUAUACUUCCCACAUUUUGCAUACAGAAGACUUGAUGUGGAUAAUGAUGUGAGACCAUAUGAAGUGAUGAAUGCAGAAGAAGAUGAGAUUGCAAAGAGAAUGACUGUAGUUGGCUUAUGGUGCAUUCAAUCACUUCCAAGUGAUAGACCUACAAUGAGCAGAGUGGUAGAAAUGUUGGAAGGUAACAUGAAUUCUUUGGAAAUGCCUCCAAAGCCUUUGUUUUCUUCUCCUUCUAGAUCAGAAACAUAAUAUUCCUCCUGAAAUUGGUAUUAUUGCAUUUUGGUAAAAUCUUUCUAGUUAUAAUGUAAAAGGAGGAUCGCUCAACUCAUUUGUUUAGUACUAUUCUGGAAAGCAAAUGCAUCUCAUGUGUUUGUUAAA